AUUAUCUUUCCCGAAAUUUCAAUGUUGGGUUCAUUAGUAAAUUCCCGUUUUAUCCAUGAUAACGUUUAUGAUGUGAUACUACAAAAAAUAUGAAUAUAUUAAGAUAUAUCAAUGAAAUUUUUGCAUAUUUCAUUAUAUAUUUAUAUAUAGUUUGUAGACACACUCAAGUAUCAUUUCAAAUUUAUUUUCAAACAAAUUCCCAAUUAUAAACAUGGCUAACAGUAUUCCCAGAAGGCGUAACAGAAUAGUGAAUGCGGAUAUUGCUAUCGAAGAACCGGACAGAGCUCAAAUUAAGAAGAUUUUUGAAUACUUCGAUCGUAAUGGGAAUGGUGCGUGGUCUUUCCCGUGCUGAAGUUGAUAAAGCUGUCGUUGAACUCUACCCAUAUCUCGCAUGUGGGGAGGCUACCAAGGCUGCUGCAAUCGAUAAAGCUUAUGAAGAUUUUAAUAUUUCAAAGAUUAAGUAUAUUAAAUUUAACGAAUUUGAAAGUUUUAUUAAACAUCUUCAUAAAUACUGCGAAAAAGCAAUUAUCACUACUGAGAAGCCAGACAAAGCUCGUGUCAGAAAGUCCUUUGAAACGUUUGGUGAUGAGGAUUACCUAUCUCUUACUAAUUUCGAUGCAGCCGUUAUUAUGCUCCAUCCGCAUUUUAAAAAUGAAAAAAACAGACCUGCGAUCAAGCAAGUUUGUGGAAAUAAAUUAUCCAAACUUUCGCAGGAAAAUGGUCGUAUAGAUUUUGAAGAAUUUGAAUCUAUCAUUGAUGCUCUUCAUUAUUAUAACGAGAAAUCAGAUAUUACUUUCAAUAAACUAAGCGAGGUUCAAAUCAAGAAGAUUUUUGAUAUAUUUGAUUCCAACCGCGAUGGUAUCCUAUCUAAAAGCGAAAUCAAGGAUGCUGUUACUAGACUUUAUCCACACCUUUCAAAAGAUGACUUUAUCAUUGAGCGGGCUUAUAAAGCCGCUGAUACUUCACAGGACGGUUCUAUUGAAUUCGAAGAACUCAUACAUCUCGUUGAUCUUCUUCAUUACUAUAACGAACUAUCUCAUAUAUUUAAAAAACUUGACGUAGACAAAAGCGGAUAUAUUGAUUUCGAGGAGUUCAAGAAGGGACAUGAACUAAUUGGUAUAGAUACAAUACUUAAAGAACAGUUUGCUAGGAUUUGCAAGAAAAAUGAUGGGCGACUCCCUUUUAACGAGUUUUGUAUUUAUGCUUCCAAGAUAAAAUUGAUGUCUGGAAUGCUUCAGGAUGCUCAGGGAACCCUGGAAGCUCUGGAAAAAUGGAAAACUCGAGAAAUUCGAGAAAUUCGAGAAACUCGGGAAACUCCGGAAACUCGAUAAUGGAAAGAAUUUGCAUAUUCCUGUUUGUCUCUUUCAGUCAUUUUCAUGGGAAUAUUGUUCGUAAGAAAUUGCACUUGUUCGUUUGUAUGAUACCUACUAGUCUUUACGUCUAUCCACAACUUUAUUAUACUGAAGAGUAUAAUGAUGACGAACAAUACAUCAAUGUUGAUUACAAAAAAAGGACAAUAAGAAACAUCGUUAAACGAAAUGUAAAUUGGAGCCCAAUUCCAGUUGGCGCUAUUUACUAAGAAGUUCAUGUAUUUCGCCACCUACGUCUCUCAAAUAUAUAAUACAUUAAUACUUUAUCAAUGUUAUGUAUAUUUAUUUUUUUUUUUUUGUAUAUUAAUUGAUAAAUGCGUAUCACGAAUUCUUUGAUUGCAAUUUCU